UCCCACAGAGCGGCUGCAGACGGAGGUGACGCUGAGCAGCGCUGAGAUGUGAAGCUGAAAACACCGGAGAGGAGCCGAGCUGAGAGCCGUUCAACGAACACAAAAGAUGGGGAAACUAAAUCUCUUUUUUCUCCUUUUGGUUCUCGGUGUAAGUGGCACACUUCAGAACAAAGAGAAAAACAGGAACAGAGUAAAAAAGCAGGCGAACAGCUCUGCAGUUGUCUUUCCUGUGCCCAGAGUAUUUAAAGGGGAUCCAGUCUAUCCGACUUACGCCUCGAAUGGGACUCAAGCUCCCAAUUCGUCUCAUUACCCUCCAGCACUGCGGUUACUAAGCAACGGCACAGCAGAAUACCUCGACGGCCCUCUCAGCACCCGGGUCAUCCCCAUUAUUUAUAUGUUGGUGGUUACUGUCGGGGUCCCGGCCAACUUUGCCAUCUUGUGCUCGCUGGCCUCUAAAAUUAGAAAGGUGUCCUCUGCCAUCCUGUACUGCAGCCUGGCUGUCUCCGACCUCUUCCUCCUCUUCUCCCUCUUCUUCAAGGCUCACUACCAUCUCCAUGGAAACCACUGGGCUCUCGGAGAGGCUGCCUGUCGAGUGGUCACGGCCUGUUUCUAUGGCAACCUCUACUGCUCGGCCCAGACGCUGGCCUGCAUCAGCAUCAAGCGCUACCUGGCUGUAGUGCACCCGUUCAUGUACAAAACGCUCCCCAAGAGGAUGUGCACCGCCUGGGUGACUCUGGCCCUGUGGUUGGUGUUUGGAGCCGCCAUCGUCCCCGAGCUCCUCAUCCAGCAGAGCUAUAGGCUCCACGGGCAGGAGCGCAUCACCUGCCAUGACGUACUGCCUCUGCACCAUGACUCCCAUAUGUUCCUGCUCUACUACAACCUGAUCCUGACCCUCUUCGGCCUCCUGGUGCCGCUGGUGGUCACUGUUGUGUGCUACGCCCGAAUCGUCUGCGAGCUCAACCAAUCCCACCUCGACUGGGCGAUGUACAUCAAGGCGAGCUCGCUGGUGUUUGUGAUCUUCCUGGUGUGUUUUGCCCCCGCCGGAAUCCUGCACUUUCUCCAUUACGUGCAGCUGUUUGUGGACGGAACAGAGAGUUUGUACAUCUACUUUAACGUGGCGGUGUGUUUGUGCUGCCUCCAUUCCUGCCUGGACCCUUUCCUCUUUCUCCUCAUGUCCAAGUCUGCAGGCUCCAGGCAAUACCUGAGGGGCUUUAAGGGCAUAUCCCUCAGCUUAUCUGUCUAAGAGAGACCCACUGUACAUGUUACCAAAACCUGGCUUUGAUUUAUAUUUUGUAGCUGAUGAGGAAGGAGAUGUUCUCUGUGGCUGGAAUCCAAAGAGGAAGAGAAAUGACCUGUGUUGUAUUUAUACUGUAGUAAACAAGCAAUGUUUAUCCUGUAAAUAGAAUUAUUGUUUUUAAUACAGAAAAUAUAGUUUUUUCAUGUGUGAGUCUGUCUGUGACAGAGAUAGAAGAGAGAAGGAUAAAUACGUAUAUAUGAAAGAUAUGAUGUAUUAAUUUUAAAGUAACAGACAUGAGAGUUCAUGGUUUAAAGGAGCUAUUUGAAGUUUUGCUAUUGCUGCAUAGCCAACAUUAGCAUUAGCAGCAGUUUACUCACCAGGGGUGUUUAUGCUUGAAAUCUAUAGCUGGCCAAAAGUCAUGUGAAACAGAGUCAGAAAAUGAGCCUGCUAUGUGUUUGUUUAUUCCUGUAAUCAUGUAUGGAGCUAUGAUGUCAGUACAUUAAAAUGUAAACUUGA